AUGGGACACAACGUCUCGUCCGUGCACGGCGUUAAAUCUUCCGACUUCUACUCUCCCGGAAACGCUGUCAACGAAAUCUGGGUCGAUAACGUCGAACUCAUCUCUCGCCUGCCCUUUGGUGACUCUGAUUUGGGACAAGCCGGCUGGCCUCCUGGUGACUGGCCGAAGAUACCUUGGCAUCAAUUCCUCAUUCCAUUGAAACGAGACCUCGGAGCUUUUCGAAACCCUAUCACUGCCAUGGAGACCAAGGUGGUACUAACCUGCACCGCUAACAUGAUGACCAACGACGUAUUAAACUGCACCACUACCGUGGGCACCAGAGAGAUAUCACGCUGCGUCACACCUUUGAUCUUUGGGGUUGAUAGUGCAUGGGCCUCUGUGCUCUUCAUGUUCAGCGCUUUGUUGAUUGAGUUCGGUUUUCUCCUGCUCUUUCUAAUUGCUGCUAUGGUCGUGGAUGGACUUCGAUCACUCAGAAUGUGGGCCCUCUGUCCUCUUCGGAUCAUUCCCCAACCUUAUCAACCGCAAAACGUGAUGAGAUGGGCACGGUACUCUUUCAAACUGCCCUUCUAUUAUUCCCUACUUGCCAUCCUUUUUAUGGGCUUCGGGUUUCCGAUGGCCGCCUCGGCAGUACCCUGCCUCGAUCCGAUCGAAGUUUUUCGCAAAAUCAUGGAGAUGCAGGGGUCUUUGGCAAUACCAAUCAUCACAAUUGCCUUGGUUUGCCUCGCUUACUGUCUAUGGGAGGCUGUUACACGAAGAGAUGGAGACGAGCAAGAUCAGGCCGCCGAAACCUGGCUCGCCGAAUGUCCCGUCAACCAACCAAACAUUCCUGCACCGCCCACCGAUCAAUCAAUAAAUGCUUCAGUGGACGUUGAAAAGGCUAUGGAAUCGAAUUCCCUCGAAUCACAACCUCCUAAUGGUCCACUGUUUUCCGUUUAUAUUCCCAGCCCGGCCAUUUGA